AUGGAGAACAUCGACGAAGGAGGUCACGGUACCAAGACCACGACCAACUUCGGAAGAGGAGAAGGAAACGGAGUUUUAGGGGCGAAAUUUUUAAUCCAACCGCACGUGGACGAGAUAUGCUCGCAGUUUGGUAUUUUCGACGAUGAGGAGGAGCAAGAAGAGGAGGAAGACACAGAGGCAAAAGAAGGAAGAAGAAAAAAUAAUCGAUACGCGGAAACGUCCGCGGCGGUUCUCGCGAACAUGGUCUCUGAAUUUUCCGUCACCAGAGGCGUCUCGGAAAGCUCGCGACGUCGGUUACUCGACGAAGCGAGGAAAAGAGGGAACGAGGAAAAGUUUGAAAGUUUGUACGAGGCGCUGAAGCGCUCGAACGCGGUGCCGGAGUUGGACCGGUGGAACGCGGUCGUCGCGAAGAUUGCGGCGGACGAGGAGUUGAAAGAAGCGGUGAAAAGUAGGGACGCUUAUAGUAGGAAAGUUUCGGAGCGGUCGCCGGUGAGAGCGACGAAGAAGUCGUCGCCGAGAAAACUGGCGGAGGAACAACCGGCUUCGACCGUUUUGAAAGCGUUGCGCGAGAUGACUUUUGAUAAAGACGGCGCGGCGGCGCAUAUCAUCGGAGAGAAUGACAUACCUUAUGGAGAGGAGGAGAAAGAAGAAGAAGAAGAAAUAGACGAAGAGAACGGACGAGCGCGACAACGUGAGCAACAACGAGUCGUGAAAACUACUGCAACAUCGACAUCCGCCGCGACAACGAGAAAACCAACAUUUCCUAGUUGGAACGAGGAUGGAUCUUCAUCCAACCGUCCAUAUUUAACGAGCAAUUUCUUAGGCAUAGAGUACGAACGCGACGUGGACGCUAUCCCUUUGGCGUCUCGGUCGACCGCGGAGCAAGAGUUGCUCCUCUUGGACGAUUUUUUACACGCUGCGCUCGGUUUGGACGGUCGAUACGUCACCGCGAGACGCGCCGCCUCAAUGAAAGCCACGACAACGAAGAAAAGGAACGGCGGUAGCAACGACGACAUCAACAUCAAUAAUAACAACGAAGAUGCAAAUAGAAUAGUCAAAUUCGAUUGCGAGAGCGGUUGCGAACCAAGUUUGCGCGAACUCUUGGGCCGAAUGCUCCCGAUGUGCGAAGAUGCGUUUGCCUGUUCGCGCUUCGUCGAAAAAACGCUCUACGGCCAAACAAAAACGUCCGGCAAAACGAGCAAAGCGUUGGCGACAGAAGUGCGAGAUUUACUUGGCGACUGGGAACGUAUGAUCGCGCAACUGGAGAGGAAAAGAAACAAACGUGAUCUGAGUUUACAGUCGGCGUAUUUUUACGCUCGACCAGCCGCGGAAGCGCUUCGCUUGUUAGCCUCGGUCUCGUUCGCCUGCGAAAACGAAAUGGGCGGAAAGCUUUUGAAUACUUUGAGACGGUUGAAAAUCCGGUGCGGGGGCGAUUCGGAAGCGGAGAGAUUACUCACUCGCCUGGAAAACGCGACCGCAAAAUCUUAUUUAAAACGAUUAGAAAAAUGGAUGUCCGAAGGCGAUUGCGAGAACGACACGUACGAGGAAUUUUUUGUCGUGGAAGACAAACGCUUAAAGCCAGACUCGCUUUCCGAACGUUUCGAUAAUAAUAACGCUUACUGGACAGAGAAAUAUGUUCCGAGAGAACCGACGCCAUGGUUUUUGGACGAUGCGACGAAAGUGUUGGCGUUAAAUGCCGGGAAGUAUGUCAACGCGCUUCGAGAGAUUACCGUUAUUAGUAGAGAGACGUUGAGUAGCCAAGUCACGGCAAACGGAGAGGAAGAGGGGAUAAAGAGUAUCGUCGUCGUCGACAAAGAAGAAAAAGAAAAAGAGCGGAAGAAAUUGUCGUUCUCGAACAUCUCCGACGUCGUUCGUGCCAAACACGACGUCUCCAAUAAACAUUUCUUCGACGCGUUGCUCCUUUCUGGAGACAUUCGCAACAAGUUGCAAUUGGUCAAAGCGACCUUCUUAUUGGCGCAAGGCGAUUAUCUCUCACAGUUCUUCGACUCGCCCUUCAAGGCCUUCGAAGAACUCGAGAAACCGGCCAAGUUUUGCGACGAGCAAAAGUUGAGAGAUGCUUUAGAGGUGAGCAUGAAAAACUCCUCGAUGUAUGCGUUCAAGUAUCACGAAGACAUCAAGUGCGCCCUCGAAAAGAAUGGUAGUACGAGUAAUGACGCGCGAGGUUUGGAGACGUUUACGCUCGACUACAAAACAUCCUUUCCAGCGAACGUUGUGCUUUCAAAGAGUACCAUUGCCAAGUAUCAAGCGUUGUUCAAGCACUUGUUCCGCGCGAAAGUGAUGGAAAAGAAAGUGUGCGAAACGUGGGCGACGCUUCGUCGGCUUCACAAGAAAAUGCACCGGCGGCAGCAGCAGCAAUCGUCUUCUCGAAUGGAGUACGAGAAUCCCACAGAGGAGCACUUUCUCACGAGAGAUGUCUUCGUUCACGCCAACGCCGCGCACUGGACCGCACAAAGAGCAAUCAGUUUGAUUCAAAAUGUCUUGCACUACGCGACGUCGGAAGUCAUCGAGCCGAACUGGGCCACGAUGGAGAGCGAGAUAUUUUCUUCGUCCACCUCCGCGGACGACGUCAUCAAAGCGCAUGCCAAGUUUCUGGAAACUACCGCUCGAGAGUCCAUGCUUCUUCGACCGACGCUUUUGAACCUCUACGAAUCUAUCCUUCAAUCGUGCUCGAAACUCUGCGACGCGUGCGAAGACUUUGAAAGAAACGACGAAGAAGAAGAAGCGAAACUUCGCGCCGCCGGCGACUACGACGAUCGCGAAGACCAAAUGGAGGACUUUUUGCAUCGAAUCGAAUUCAUAUCCUCUGAAUUCGACGAGAGAACGGCUGCAUUUAUCGACGCGUUGAAAGAUGCCGCUCGAUUCGAGAGUAAGUUUGAAAGUUUGAUCAGCCGCGUCGAGCCUCUCGAACAGUCAAAUUCGAGAUACUAA